AUGGCUCCCCUGCAUAAGCUUGCUGUUGUUGCCUUUCUCAUUGUGCAAGGUGCCAUUGCCGCCCCUUGCCGUCGGACUACUCAUGCCGUGCGCUCGGUUGGCCCCAGGGGGACUUUGUUCCACUCAUACCACCCUGAACCUCGGUUCGAAACUUAUGGUGUUCAUGGCGUUGCUCACCCACUUGCCAAGCGAGGUCUACCAAGUACCCACGAGGAGGCCGCAAGGGCAUUCCUUUCCGAGAAGAUGGGCUGCGAAGCCGAUACCCUCGCACGCAAGUCCGGUCACUAUUUUGGCUCUACUGCCCAUGAAUACUUUAGGCAAAGCUUCAACAAUAUCCCCGUCGCAAAUGCUGUUGCAAACGUCGCACUCAAGGGAGAUCGAGUGGUAUCAUUCGGCACCAGCUUUGUGAAACCUAAGAGCGUUGCGGCUGCUACGCCCCUGUUGUUGGAGGAAGAGGCUGUUGAAAGCGCCGAAGCUGCGUUAGGAGGUGUGCGCACUGAGCACCCUGUUUUUGUCGAGUAUUUUGCCAAGGACACAAACCAUGUUGUGCUCACCUAUGUGGUCAACAUCCGGAAUUAUGAGACAGAAGAGUGGCACGAGGCAUUCGUCGAUGCUCAUACAGGCGAAAUUGUGAACGUGAUCUCGUUCGGAUCACAUGCCAGCUACCGGGCCAUCCCUCUCACCUCUGCCGAUCCGACCAAUGGCUUCCAAACUUUCACCGAUCCCCACGACCCCAUUUCCUCGCCCGACGGAUGGCAUGCAUACCGCAGUAUUUUCUCGGGAGAAUUACACCAGUCACCCGCUGAUAACAAGGAUGCUGCCACCGUGAAUGCGUUCUACGUGGUCAACAUGAUGCACGAUUUGCUCUACCGCUAUGGGUUCACUGAAUCCGCAUACAACUUCCAGUACCACAACAACGGCAAAGGUGGUGCUCAAAAUGACAAUGUCUACGUCUCUGUUCAAGUGAGCGAGAAAACCGUGUUCAACGACGCCAGCUUUUUUACUCCCGGUGACGGCGUAAACGGCGAGUUGCGCCUGUACCUUUGGAACAAAACCACCCCUUUCCGCGACGUCGCUUUCGAGAAACGAUCUUCAAAUGAGGCGCGUGCACUGGGUGAGGGAUGGUCCGAUGCAGUUGCAAACUGGCUAUGUCAAUGGCAAAAGCUUGCGCGACUACCCCUAUUCGACCAGUAUGAAUACCAACCCCUCACAUACAGCUCACUUCAAACUCGCACCGAGUAUCACGCUGCUGGGGAACUUUGGGGAAAUAUCUGGCACGAGAUCUUUGCUGCAUUUGUUUCCAAGUAUGGGUUUUCCAACGACAAAAACAACUCUACUGGCACUGCUGGAAAUAUCGUGGCCCUCCAACUACUCAUCGACGCCCUUCCUCUCCAGCCAUGCAACCCAACGUUCGUAAAUGCCCGAGACGCCAUCCUUCAAGCAGACUUUAACCGCUCUGAAGGUGCCAAUGCAUGCCUUUUGUGGUCGGUAUUUGCCAAGCGUGGUCUUGGAUAUGAUCAAACUCCCCCGUGCAACUGGGACUUGUACUCGUUGCCCAACCGAAUGCCGUCUCAAAUUUUCAGAAGAGCCCUGGACUUGCACAGUCCACCUACGGUUUUUGAAAGAUGCAUCUGGGAACGAUUCAAUCCUGUACGAAACAUCAUGUUUGGAACCGUCAUUAACCGCAAGGCAGACGUGGAGGAUCGACUUCGGAUCCUCUACCUAGGACGAGUAGUACAACAGUCGCUUUUUCGGAGAAUUUCGUCUCGGUUGAAAUCUCAGGACCAGAUGUCACUGAUCUAUCAUUCUGACUUACCUGGGAUCAUCGCCAACGUUCGCGAAGGGAGCGAUGAGUCUGACAUUGAGCUCGUGAAGCGUUUAGUCACCUCAUACAUUAGGAAAGAAAGCUGUAUUAUCCUGCUGACGGGACAUGCGAAAGUAUCCGACUUUGAGAACCAAGGGGCUCGUAGUCUCGCGAAACAGCACGACCCGGAUGGCAAAAGGACUAUUGGGGUACUCACAAAACCCGACCGAAUCGAGAGCGGGGAAGAACAAAAAUGGCUGGCUUUUGUGCGCGGUGAAACCGAAGUGCUUUCGAAAGGCUGGUUCUGUGUCAAACAACCAAGUCCAUCGGAGCUCGAAGAACGGCUAAGCUGGAGUGAGGCACGCCAACGCGAACAAGACUUUUUUGGGACCAAGCACCCUUGGGCCACUCAAUCUCUUGCUGCCCGCCAGCAUUUCGGCACAGCUCGGCUUACCACUCGUCUGAGUGAAAUAUUGUCGGAUUUAAUCCAGACACGUAUGCCAUCCCUGAUUCAAGAGAUUCAACGGCUUACCCAGAGUACCGUCGAGGGUUUACGAUUACUUCCUAACGAAGUUUCGGAAGACCCUGCUGGUGCGGUGCUCAAUCUUGUGAUGGACUUUCAUCGAGAUGUUAGCACGCACGUUGAGGGUAUUCCUGAUAGCGAUGGUUUGAUACAACAAGUCCGAGAGGCAAGCACAAAGUUCCGGAACUCUAUCCGCGCAUCGGCACCGUGCUUCCGCCCCUAUAAAACUAAGUACGACAAGGAUAGCAAGUAUGCAAUGCCAAAGGUAGACUUUAUAAUUGAAGAAGACGGAGACUUUGUGACACAGGAGGACGUUGGUACGAUGUCGCAAAACGCUAUCACACGAGAACUUCCCAAGAACAUCCCGUUCAUUGUGAAACAAAAGCUUAUCAAGCGCUUUGUCGAGCUCUGGGAAGGUCCAACAACUGUUCUUUGGAGGAUCCAACACAGCUAUGGUGGCCUUCACAAUGCGGUUGGGACGCUGGUUGCCGAUAGAAUUCUUCAAUGUCGCGAAGUGGCGGAUGCUCAAAUUCGAUUCCUUCUUGACAUUGAGAACAACCAGACGUUCACAACUAACACGCAUUAUUUUGCUUCCUACAAGGAGAAAUUCAUCACAUACUACAAGGCAAAGCAAUUGCCCACCUCACGAAGAUGGGCUUACCGUCCAACCUGUCGAUCUGGGGAAACUCAUCCAGCCAGAGGCGAGGACGAGCUUAUCGACAUCAUGGCCGAGGUUAGGGCAUAUUACCAGGUCGCGUAUAAACGUUUUGUUGAUGUGAUUCCUAUGGCCACCGACGAAACUUUGGUUCGAGGCUUCUGUCGUGGUUUAGAAAAGCGCCUAUUCGAAGGGCUCGGAGUGAGCGGAGAGGGUGCGAAGGAGCGCUGCGCAUCCCUCUUGGAGUAUUCACACGAAAUCACCCUUGAACGCGAGAUGCUCAAGACCCGCCGUGACCGCCUUUUGCUCGCUAGGCAUAACGAACUUGUACUGUCACUUAAAGAGCUUUCUUAUGGUGUAAAGUCAAGCCAGAUCCUUAGUGGCCCCAUCGCUGGGUCCAAGGGCGCGCCGCCGAUGGCAACUAUCGUCAUGCCGGACGACGUUGGCAUCACUGUUCAAGUGACGGAAAAUGGAUGGCAAGUAUGUGACCCGACCUCGCACAUUGCUGCCCCAAGGCGAUUUGAGACUCUCGAUGAUUUACUCACCGAACACAAUGAGGAGUACGCAAAGCGACGCCAGGAUUCCUUGAUACAGAAAUUGCUUGCGGUUGUGGCCGAGAGGGAACGUAGUGAAUGA